AGGGACCAUGCCGUCCCAGGCUCAAGGAUAAAAACCAUCGGGCCAAAGUGCCAUCCAUAUUCCAUCUCCAGUCUUUCUUCCACAAAUUGGGAUUCAUCCCUGCUGAAAAGCACGAUCUAAGAGCAAGGAAACAAAAAACCAUGCUAUCACAUAAUGCCACGGUGAAGCAGAAGAAACAGCAAGCAUCAGCCAUCAUGAAAGAAAUCCAUGGAAAUGAUGUAGAUGGCAUAGACCUGGGCAAAAAGGUCAGCAUCCCCAAAGACAUCAUGUUGGAAGAGUUAUCCCAUCUCAGUAACCGCGGUGCCAGACUAUUUAAGAUGCGACAAAGAAGAUCUGACAAAUACACAUUUGAAAAUUUCCAGUAUGAAUCGAAAGCACAAAUAAAUUACAAUAUUGCCAUGCAAAAUGAGAAACUGGAUGGAAGCAACCUGGAAAUUGGUUCUCAGCCAGCUCCGUUUACUCCUCCCAACACCCCGGACCCACGAAGUCCACCCAAUCCAGAAAGCAUUGCACCAGGAUAUUCUGGCCCACUGAAGGAAAUUCCUCCUGAAAGAUUCAACACCACAGCCGUCCCUAAGUACUAUCAGUCGCCCUGGGAACAGGCCAUUAGCAGUGAUCCGGAGCUUUUAGAGGCUUUAUACCCUAAAUUUUUCAAGCCUGAAGGAAAGGCAGAACUGCCCGAUUACAGGAGCUUUAACAGAGUUGCCAUGCCAUUUGGUGGUUUUGAAAAAGCAUCAAAAAUGGUUAAAUUCAAGGUUCCAGAUUUUGAUCUACUACUUCUAACAGAUCCCAGGUUCAUGGCCUUUGCCAAUCCUCUUUCUGGCAGACGGUCCUUUAAUAGAACUCCUAAGGGUUGGGUAUCUGAGAAUAUUCCUAUAGUGAUAACAACUGAACCUACAGAGGAUACCACUGUACCAGAAACAGAAGACCUAUGAAAAGAAAGUUCUGUGUGCCACAAAAACCUCUGAACAGAAAUGUUGUUGUUUUAUUAUUUCUACUUACUGGCAAAGCCACUUACACUCUUCAUUGGUAGCAAUAAUUUUAUAGCAAUUUAGCCAUUUUCCUUUUAUGGCAUUUAAUUUCAAUCUCAGAUAAAACACUA